UCUCCGUGUACUUCUAUAUAAUAGUGAUUAAGUUAGUAACCCACGAGUAGUAACACUACAAUAGUGUACAUAAGAGAAGUCACAACAUGGGGUCAGACGCGGGAGAAGAGGAUAUGAACCCGCGUAUCCGAAAGAACCCGGGUCCACUCAAAACCGAUCGAGGACGGAUCGUCCGCGACACCGACGUCGAAGGACGCAUGCGCGGCUGUCACAUGACCAACACCGGAAGUCAGCGCACCGUAGGAAGCGAUCGCCUCCGCUCCGCCGAGCUAGCGAGCUAGCCGUGUUUAGAUUAGCCGACGGAGAGACGGGGCGAGAUGGGGGCCUCCCAGAGCGUCGACAUACCGGGCGGAGGAUCCGAGGGCUACCACGUGCUCCGAGUGCAAGAGAAUUCCCCGGCUCACUGUGCAGGACUGGAGCCCUUCUUUGAUUUCAUUAUUUCCAUCUGUGACACUCGACUGAACAAAGACAAUGACACCCUAAAAGAAUUGCUGAAGGUCAAUGUGGAGAGGCCUGUCAAGAUGCUGGUGUACAGUAGCAAGACACUAGAAGUGAGGGAAACAACUGUCACACCCAGCAACAUGUGGGGAGGUCAAGGUCUUCUGGGGGUCAGCAUUCGCUUCUGCAGCUUUGAAGGAGCCAAUGAACAUGUUUGGCAUGUGCUGGAGGUAGAGCCAAAUUCCCCCGCAGCCCUGGCUGGUUUGAGACCUCAAACUGACUACAUUAUCGGCGUUGAUACAGGCAUGAUGGAGAGUGAGGAUUUGUUCUCCCUCGUUGAAACCCAUGAAGGCAAGGAGCUGAUUCUGUACGUGUACAACACUGACACAGAUAACUGCCGCGAGGUGGUCAUCACUCCAAAUAGUGAUUGGGGCGGAGAGGGCAGUCUAGGCUGUGGGAUUGGCUAUGGCUACCUGCACAGGAUACCUACAUUGCCAGUUGCAGAGGGCAAGAUCAGCUUCCCUGCAAAGGCUGCUAGUCCAGGAGUUUCUCCGCUUCAAGAUGGCUUCACAGAGGUUCAUCUCUCUGCUGUCAGUUCCACCGUUUCAUCCGCUGUGUCUUCCUCUGUGAAUGUUGGAUUGGAACAAGCUCUUGCCGGUCUGUCAGUCAGCACAACCCCACCCACUGUGCUUAGUGCUUUGCAAACAGGAGCUCCAACUGUACCAGUGCUGCCUACCGAGGCUACCCCCUCCCUGAACGCUCCAGCAUCAGCCAGUCCCUCCGUCAUAUUACCAGGUUUAAUGCCCUUACCUGGAGGCCUUCCAUCCCUUACCAGUUUACCAAACCUCAAUAUCACCUUAGCUGACUUGGGCAAAGUAUCGCUACCUGGGACAGGUGAACUACAACCAACAGGUUUCCCACCACUAGGCCCUCUACCGCCUCUAAACCUGCCUGGCAUGCUUCCCUCUCAGCUGCCGAUGGUGCCUGGCCUUACUCUGCCUCCACCUGAUUUUGUUCUCCCCAUCGCAACAACCACCGCAGCCCCUGCCGAAAAGACGCCAGCGGCCUCACAGGAUGCCGCAUCUCAGUCAACCACCAUCCAAAAGGUUACUAGUUCACCGAUCCAAAUUCCAAUCCCGGCGUCCGUGGUCACUCCCGAACCAACAGAUAUCGCGGUGUCUUCAGAGGCUUCCUAGCAGAGAUGGCGUCUAGCAUCUUCCUGUGUCAUGAGCUGCUCUCAGAAGAUGUGCCUUACACAAAGGGUUUACUGGGGACGGUGGGACAAAGAGCAUUUGGUAAACUGCAGUGCCGUUUGUGGAAAAACUGGCUGCUGAAAAGAUCAAAUGAGAAUUGGAGAGAAGAAAAAUGCAGACUAAAAAUCACGUGGGGCAAAACAGCAGCUCAGAGGUCAUAACUCAUCGCAACACUUUAUUACCGGGCUAAGGCAGCACACCACCGCCACCGGGUGGACGCGCUCAACCGCCAACUUGUUGUAAAUUUGGGCAUCACGUAACAUAAGAUCAUCAGUAUACCAGGAAAUAUUUGUAAAUAUUAAGGAUGUUUUGCAUUUAUCCAUGGGGUUAAAAGUAUUGAGGGCUUGUUGGGGGGGGGGGGUUAAUGUAGAGAGUUUCUUGAGAAAGCAGUUUUGUUCGCUGCAAUUCUGUAGCCUUUAAAUGUUCUGAAUUGCCUUUUGCUGUAAAAAUAUAUAGUCUGUAAAUUCAGGCUUGGUUGAUUAAAUGAGUAUUUUCUGUACUUUAUACUCUCGCUCUCCUAAAUCGCUGGUUCUCUUGGCUGAACACACCCAUAAUCUUGAGUGUGACACGGACAUAGUUCAGAAAAAUACACGAAUUCAAAGGACUGAACCCAAACAGCCAGCUUUGCUUUCCUCUUCAACUACUACUGCUAUUUUUGGCUGCUCCCGUUAGGGGGCGCCACAGCGGAUCAUCCGUUUCCAUCUCUUCCUGUCACACCAGCCACCUCCCUGACCACAUCCAUAAACCUCCUCUUUGGCCUUCCUCUUCUCCUCUUCUCUGGCAGCUCCAUAUUCAGCAUCCUUCUCCCAAUAUACCCAGCAUCUCUCCUCCACACAUGUCCAAACCAUCUCAAUCUUGCCUCUUGCUUUAUCUCCAAACCGUCCAACCUGAGCUGUCCCUCUAAUAUACUUGUUCCUAAUCCUGUCCUUCUUCAUCACUCCCAAUGAAAAUCUUAU